AUGGUCAUGCAACACAUUAUGAACUGGAUGCGCGGCAAAGAACCCGCUGGCAAUCUCUAUCUUAACAAAAUCUUGAAAUUAGAAGGUGCUGCAAUUGAGGUUGAUAAGAACCGAAUUGUUUUUACAACGGCCAAAGAGAAGGAAGAUAUCGGUCUAGAUGAACUCGAGUAUAUCGAUUUUACCAAAACAACAACUAAAGAACCAGCUUUGAGUUUAACAACCAAAGAUAACAAAUGGACUUUUGUUUUCCGAUUGGGUCUACCAGGAACUAUCUUACGGUUUUAUGGACAAAUAAUCAAGUACAUUCCUAUCGUUAAUAAGUGGGAAGUUCUUUAUGCUUGUGAUCCAGUUGAUUUUCGUAAGUACAAUUAUAGUACUGAUUCUUAUGAAGUAAUUGAUAGUCAGGCAGGAGCUAUACUGGUUAAAAGUAAAAUAGGUGUGUUUAUUCGGAUAGGUAAUCAGUAUAAUAUAUAUCGUAAGGGUGAUUUGAUUCAAGGUAAUUCUGAUUUCUAUAUUGACCAGGGCACGAAGAGUUUCUCUUGGGUUGUAGCUCGUGAAGAUAGGGAGGGAGAUAUUUUCCGAAUUAUCUUUGGAUCUUUACCUUCGUUAUUUGCUUUCUUCUCGGCUUAUCUGGCCGUCGGUAAGGAAAAGGAGUCUAAGGAGGAGAAAGAGUACUUUGAGAAGAUGGAGAUAGAGAACUACAACGAAAUGGACUUGGGAUCGGAAGAGGAGGAAGAGUUAAGUAGUGAGAGUCAGUCGAGUAUUGAAGAGGUUUCUAGUGAUGAGGGGCGGUAUAGUAAGAUCAGGAGUAAAGCCGUACGUAAGACAGAAGAGAGUGUAGCUGGUAAUGUCUUUGGAGGGAAGAACCGAGAGAAGAAUAAGGCUUUAGCCGUAAGUCGGGAUGGUGCUUUGAUUUCCAAAGGAUCUUCAAUUGGACUGUUUAGGAGUACAGGUAAUGAUUUGGAAUUUGCCGGAUCGAUUUCUAACUUAGCUGCUAAGGGUAAGAAGAUUGUUCCACAAAAAAUGUUGAUUGCUGAUAAUAGUUCAGUAAUUGUCUCCAAUCAUAAUGAUACGCAAAACCUCUACAAGAUUGAUUUGAAUACGGAAAAGGUGGCUGAAACUUGGGAUACUGGUGUGAAAACUCGUGACUUCUUUGCGGCAGCCAAGACAGCAGAUGGAUUUACUCAGAACAACGAGUUCCUAGGUGUAUCCAGCAAUGCGAUUUUCCGUCUUGAUCCUCGAGCGGCCAAAGUUAUGGAAGGCAAGACCUAUAAAACAGAUACGAAAUUCUCAUCGGGUGAUGCGAGUUCAAGAGGUGAAUUUGCCUUGGGAUCCGAUACGGGUGAUAUUCGUCUUUAUGAUAGUAUUGAAAAACGGGCUAAAACACUUCUGCCAGGACUGGGAGAUCCUAUUCUAGGCGUCUUUAUUUCACCGAGUGGCAAGUACGUGGUGUGCACCUGCAAGACAUACCUCAUGCUAGUUACAGCUGAAGCUAAUGGCGUAAGUGGAUUCAAAAAGAGUCUGGGCAAGGAGAAACCCGUGCCUAAGAAGCUAAUUAUUCGACCGGAACAUUUGCAUUUAUUCGGAGGCGAAGCUAACUUCACUAAUGCUAGUAUUAGUACGGAUGCUGAGGAGAAGUUCGUAAUUGUCAGUACGCGAGAAUGGGUUAUUGUUUGGGACAUGCAAAAGGUGCUUAAGGGCAGUGUUUUCUCCUACCAGAUUCGCCAGAAUGAGCACAACAUUGUUUCUAACAGUUUUGUACCCGGGGACAGUGAUAAGAUCAUAGUGGCCAUGGAUGAUGACAUCCAAAUGGUCGCCCGACACACUCUCAAACGACCCGAGAAAUUGCACAAAUCAACACGCAAGCACUAA